UAUUAUUAUUAUUAUUAUUAUUAUUAUUAUUAUUAUUAUUAUUAUUAUUAUUAUUAUUAUUAUUUACUACAUCAUUAUUCACCCUCUUUUAUUCCUACUUUGUCUAUACUUAUUUUUUUCGACUUAUACAGCAGCUCGUCUAUGAUGGAAAUUCGACUCUAUCUAAACGUUUUCGAGUCACUGUCCGGUUGAAAAUUGCAUGUUACCACCGAAUACGAGGACUGAAGCAGUUUUUCUGAAACCACGUGCACCAUUCAAACUGGAUGCCUUCAACGUUCGCACAUUUAUGCACGUUGGACAACAGAUAGGGCUGGCUACGUCUUUGGAAAGUCUUAAUAUUGAUGUUUGUUGUCUAUCCGAGACCCGUAUUCAAGACUCUGGCGAAGUACUACAAAUUCGAUCUCCAUCUGUCGCUUCAAAAAGCUUGUUUUACGUGCGCUUAUCCGGGGACCCUGUGACAUCUUCGUCUGGUCUUGCUGGCGUUGGUGUCGCACUAAGCGCUAGAGCUGAGGCAGCACUAGUCGAUUGGAUCCCCAUUAACAGUCGGUUAUGUGCUGUUAGAUUAGAGAGUUCCAUCAAAGUGAGAAGAAAUCGGCGUGAGAAACGAUGUCUUUUCGUCAUCUCCGCCUAUAAUCCGACAGAUUGCAGCCCGGAUGCAAUCAAGGAUGAAUUCCACCACCAGUUAACUGUUCUUCUCCAGAAAGUGCGUUCGACAGAUAUUGUAGUACUAGCCAGAGACUUGAAUGCUCAUAUCGGGCGUCUAGGCACAGAAGAGAGUCGUUUAGGUGGCCGAUGCGGACUUGUUGGUCACAAGUCAGAUAACGGGGACCGUCUACUGCAACGAUGCACAGACCACAACCUGUUUCUGGCUAGCACUAACUUUCGGCACAGUCAUCGCCGAUGUGCCACCUGGCGUCCUCCCUCUGCAUAUCAAGCCUGGACUCAGAUUGAUCACAUCGCGAUCAGCUACCGCUGGCGUGGUUGUGUACAAGACUGUCUCCCCUUUUGGAGUACCUAUCUGGACUCUGAUCAUGUCUUGGUCUGCGCCAAUCUUGCCUUACUUUUCAGUGGCCAAAGAAGUGACCCCCACCAACGGAUUGAUGUUAGCAAGUUGGUUGCAACUUCUGUUGCAAGUAAGUAUCAAACCGAGCUAGCUUCUAGGCUAGCUACCACUCCACCGAAAAGUAUAGAUGAGCCUUGGUUGCAAUUGCAUGACGCCAUGAAAAUGGCGGGUACAGUCAGUUGUGGGUUUGCGAAACGUCCCGCUUAUAAGCAAUGGGUUUCUUCAGGUUCCUUACAACUCACUGAAGCCCGUCGGUCUACUCCGGGUGACCGUGAGUUUGACCACAAACGAAGGUUGUUACGUAGCAAAAUUGGGCAAAGCUUGCAUAAGGACCGAGAAGUCUGGUGGUUGGAGCGUGCUAAUGAGCUGGAAGCAGCAGCUGCAUCUGGUAAUUACCGGAAGCUCUUCCAACUCAUCCGAGCCACUGGCAGCAAGAAGUCUGGUGUGAGUGAAACAAUCUGCGAGGAUGACGGGAUGCCAAUCACUAACAUCCAUCGACGUCUUGGACGAUGGGCAGAAUUCUUCGAAGGGCAGUUCAACUGGCCUGCUGCUCCGGCAGCAUCGGUCGGACUGUCCUACCUUCCAUGGCCGGUGACGAUUGAUCCACCAAAUGAGGCGGAAGUCCGCAAGGAACCCCAACUCUUAAAGCGCUACAAAUCACCUGGCCCAGAUGACUUACCUCCGGCUCUUUUUAAAGAUGAUGGUGACUUUCUGACUAAGGAACUGACGACGUUGCUAACAAAGGUUUGGGUGUUAGAGAGUGUAUCAACGUCAUGGAAUGAGUCGAUAGUUGUCCCUAUCUUUAAAAAGGGUUCACGUCGUUCCUGUAAUAACUAUCGGGGGAUAAGUCUACUUCCGAUUGCGUCCAAACUAUUUGGCUUCAGUUAUACUUCGUAGACUGUUUAAAACCCGAGAAAGAUUGACUCGC